UGCUUAUAAUUUCUUUAUGAAAAUGAACGCUGAUUGGAUGUCGCGGCACAGCGUCACGCGAUGUCGCUUGAAAAGUUCAAAUUUUUCAACUUCAAGCGACACACGCGAUGAGGCGAUGGACGCGUCAUCGCUUCAUCGCGUCGCUCUUAUCGCCUGAAACGCGUCGCCCGAAGCGACAUCGCGUGUCAUCGCGUCAUUUACAUUGAUUUUGAAUGGAAACUUGUGGCGUUCAUCGCGUCCAUCGCGUUUGGUGUGAACGCACAGUAAAGGCCGAGUCGGUCGGUGACAGAGUGGAUAUCUGAAGACACUGACAAUGAUGGACGCGGACAUUCAAGACAGGAUUUCAGCAGCAGCCCCUGAAUUCAAUCAGGUUUCUUCUCCAAAUUCCAUUUGAGAGGAGAACAUUGGUGGAAAAAUUACAAAUAAAACAGCUCGGCCCAGAUCAACCGGACAUCAAAAUUAGCCAACAAGCCAGCGAAAAAGGUAAAGUUUAUACGAGAGGCUUCUCGUGUAAUUGGUACAACAGGAAGACUUGGCUAGCUGGAUGCAGUCAUGUAAAUGCGGUAUUUUGCUUCCCAUGUUUACUUUUUAAAACGGCGGGGACAGAUACGACAUGGACUGUUACAGGAGUGAGGGACAUGAAGCAUUUACCUGAGAAGAUUAAGAAACAUGGGUGUACGAGGGCACAUAUGGAGAACACCGUCAAGCUAGCCAUGCUAGGCAGAGCUAACAUCGCUAUGCAGCUGGACGAAGGUCACAGGAUUGGUGUGAGGAAGCACAACGAAGAGAUAGAGAUAAAAGAUAAUUGAAUUCUGCGGGGCUUUUGAGCUGGCUUUGCGUGGCCACAAUGAGACGGAGUCCUCAGACAACCCAGUUGUUUUCAGGGGCUUAGUCGAUCUGGUCGCCUCGCUCGAUGCUGUACUGGAGGAGCACCUGAAGACAGCGACGGUUUUCAAAGGCACCUCAAAGACUGUGCAGAACGAACUGUUGGACUGCAUGCUGUCAGUGCUUAAAACUCACAUUCUGGAGGAAGUAAAAAAUGUGGAUUAUCUUGCUAUUCAGGCAGAUGAGACAACUGACAUUUCCACCCACUGCCAGUUGGUGCUUGUGCUACGGUACAUCGACACCCAUAACAACAUCCAAGAGCGUUUUUUCGAGUUCAUACCUCUUCAGAAUGCAACUGCUGACACAAUCGCCACAUCAUUGUUGGAGAGGCUGAGCACCAUCCUCCCUGCCGGACAGGAGAGCAGACUGAUCGCCCAGGCCUAUGAUGGGGCAGCAGUGAUGAGGGGAGCCACAGGUGGAGUACAGCGUAAAGUAAGGGAUGUGUACGCAAGUGCACACUACGUCCACUGCUAUGCCCAUCAGCUCAACCUCAUCAUGCAGCAGGCAACAUCUCACAUCCCCAGGAUCAGUACUUUCUUUUCAGACCUUGGUGGAUUUGCUGCAUUCUUCUCCCAGUCAUUCAAGCAAACCAGUGUGCUUGAUCAAGUGGUGGCACACAGACUUCCUAGAACUUUGACAACCAGGUGGAACUUCCACAGUCGUGCUGUUAACACUGUGUAUGAGCACAGGGAUGAUCUCCUUCAGUGUUUCCAGACCAUCAGAGACUCUGGUGACUUUGAUCCUCUAACUGUCAGAGAGGCCGGGGGCUUUGUGAGAAUGCUGGAAGAUGAGGAUUUCUGCUUUUUCCUGGCAUUGUUUCACAAGAUCAUGCCACACAUGGACAUGCUGUUUAACCAGCUGCAGAAGAGGAACAUCGACUCGGUCUACAUCACAGGAGUCAUCCAGAGGUUCACCGACCGCAUGCAAAACAUCAGGGACUCCAUUCAUUCUCUGGGUGAGGAAUACAUUAGAUCUGUGCAGCAGCAGCCCACAAAGAAAUGGAGGAAACUUGGACAAGGAGAACAGCAGCAGUUGGCUACAGAGUUCCCGGAUGCAGCAGUGGAAACCACCGUGGAGGCCUACCCCAUGUUGAACAAGGCCAAGCUCAGAACAGAGCUAUCCCUCAUCUAUGAGAACGACGAGUUCAAGGCUUGCGGUGGUGCACUGACUCUGUUCCAGUUUUUCAUGGAGAACAACCUUCAGGCCACAUUUGCUGAGACUGUCAGUCUUUUCAAGAUUCUCAUCACCACACCCAUGACAACAGCAGAAUCAGAGAGGUGCUUCUCUACUUUAAAGAGGAUCAAGACCUUCCUGAGGAACACCAUGACGCAGGAUCGCCUGAAUGCUCUGGCCAUGCUCUCCAUGGAUAAAAACCUUGUCAGAAACAUCCCUGACUUCAAUAAUAGGGUCAUUGAGAGCUUUGCCACUCAGAAGGACAGAAGGGCAAAAUUCCUGUACAAAUAGAUAUCAGGCACACACACACACACACACACACACACUAGGGCUGGGCGGUAUGACAAAAUUUUCAUAUCACGGUUUUAAGAAAAAUCAUAUUGGUUUCACGGUAUUUCACGGUAUUUUGCUCAGGUUCGGCCAACUUGACAUGCUGCUGUGU